CUCGUGUCUAUAGAUAUGAUACACCUUCAUUCUGACCGGAGGGAAGUCACUACAAUGCCCGUCGAGAGGCCAGACUCGGAAAAUACCAAGAUUAAAGGUAGCAGUAGCGAUCGCCGUUCAUUAUUUGGGUCAGUGUUAUAAGGAUGGAUGCUCAGACAGAAGACAGCAUUUCUGGACAAUCAGCUACAGAAUAUGCAAAAAUAAACGAACUCAUUGUUAGUCUCAGCAAAGCUCAACAUGAUCUCAGUAUCUGUCAGAAAAAGAAUAGGAGUCUUAGAAAUGAGUUAAAGUUGUGGAAGGGGAGAGCAUCAGAGGCUGAGGAAAGCCUUAAAGAAGAAAAAAGAAAUAACCAAAGCAAUAUAACACAGCUUGGAUUCAAAAUGCUGCAGUUUGAAAAUGAACUUCGAAGGGAACAAAGGGAUAUAGAGCACAAAUUCAUAGAAAAAGAUCAGCAAAUCAAAAUCCUGCAAGAUGUUAUCAGUUCUCUUCACAGCAAGAUGAAGACAAAUAGUCUAUGCUACAAUUGUUUUUUGACCAAGCAUUCCUCUCAAGAUCAAAGCACCAGUCAAGAUAGUUACAUUGCAAAGUUCCCAUUAGAUAUGGACUUUCAUGACCAUAAGAGUACCGGACACACUGGGCAUGAAAGUAGGAAUCGUAAUAUUUCAUUACCACUGAACAUUCAGAGUCCACAUGAAAGUCCAAGGGCUAAUGGUGAGUUUUGUUUCCACCACAUGUUGUCGCCUGUACCUGAGGAGUUAGAGAACAGCUUUAUUGAACAUGCAAGGAGGGAAAAUCUUCAGAUGACUAUAGAAGAAGAGGAAGAGGAAGAUGAGGAAGAGACUGACAAAGAAGUUAAAAUUGAAGAAAAAAAUAAAAGUGGAAAACUAGAAGAAAACAUAGCAAAAAACCCUGCAUGUUCUGUAGAACUAGAAUCAAAAUCUUCUGGCGAAAGCAUACAAAGUCUUAAUUUGGAAGAAGAAGGGUUAAAUGAUGUUACACGAAAACAGGACCAAAUAAUGUCACAUGUAAUCAACAACCCAAAUGAUAUCCCUAUUGAUGAAGAUGAAAACAUUGAAUCAAAUGACCAAUAUACUAAAAAAAUCACAGAUGAUGUUUCAGGAUGCCUGGACAGCAAUGACAAUGUAUCAUUUGACAUCAAAUUGCUACUAGAAGAGUUGAUAAGAAAUGUAGAAUUAAUUCAAAGUAAUGUUGGAUCUAAUGAAUUUAUGAAUGAUAUUAAAGAAGAAACAGUGGGAGAAGAAAAUGAGCAAGAAUCAAUUGACAAAAUGGCUCUUAGCCCAAAAUCAGAAGCUCUAGUUGCUGAGCUGAAGAGAGCUAUUGUUGAAGCCAGUAUGGAAGUUGAAAAAGCCACAGACAAUCCUGUUUCAGACAGCUUAGGGAUUUCAAAUUGUUCAAGCCAAGCGCAAGAAGAUAGAAGUGCUGACAGUGCUGACACAAGCUUGGUUGGUAUUGAAGAAAUUGAUUUUGAAUUGUCUUCUGUUGCUCUCUGAAUAAAAGUAACACUGACCAAGCUGCAGACACAAAUCCUUUACAGCAAGCUACUCAACAAACUCAAAUGAAAGAUAGCUCAACAAACUCACAAAACUGCCAAGAUACUUUAACUGACUAUGAUGUGAUUGAGCUUGAUUAGAAUAAGUAGUUAUUGGUAAAUAUCCAGAGAUAGUAAAUUUUGUACUCUUGCUCAUUUUUCAAUAGAAUAAUUGUAACAUAGUAAUUCAGUAAUAAUAUGAACAAUAAGUUUUAUCUUGGCCAUGUUAGUA